GCGAAAAAAAGGAACAAGAAGCAGAAUACCAGCGAUGUGGUGGCCAUGGAUACUUCUUCAGAAAACACCCAAUUUCAGCCUCAAGGUCUUUCCCCACACUUAGACAAAGUAUAGGGUCUUAGGCAUGGCUUCAAAUUCUGCUAUGGAUUCCACAAACACCCAUUGUUCCUCUCGUGAUAUUGCCUGGCGCCAUUGCGAGCUUAUAAAAGAUGAGGGGAAAUCAAAAUACAUUUGUUUAUACUGUCGAAAACUAAUCAGUGGAGGGGGGAUUCACCGUGUUAAGGAACAUUUAGCUGGAAGGAAGGGAAACGUAGCCCCUUGUAAAAGUGUCCCUGCUGAAAUUAGGUAUCAAAUGACUCAAAACUUAGGAGAAGUGGUUUCAGAUCACCAAAAACGUCAAAAGAUUAUUGAGGAUUAUGUUGAUGCCCAGACAUCUGCAUCCCCAAUUUCCUUCUCUGUUGAGCCAAAGCCUUUGUUGGAAUCAGAGUCACCCCAAACUAAUUUGGAGUCCUCUGCUAAAGACAAGGGUAAAGUUGUGCCUGACGUGGUAGAGGGAAGUAGAAAAAAGAGUAACCGUUUAGCGAGAGAAGCAGGUAAUUCCAUUGUUCCUUGUAGUGUCCGUGGUGGUCAGGCGAGCUCUAAGGGUGCCCUUCUAGGGAAAGUUGUGAAAGAAAAUGUUGAUAUGGCGAUUGGCCGUUUUCUUUUUUGAUAGUGCUAUUCCCUUUGAUGGUGUGAAGUCUUUUUAUUUUCAACAAAUGGUGGAUGCCAUAUCAGCCAUAAGCCCUGGAUAUGAGGUUCCGACAUACCAGGAUAUGAGGGGUCGGAUCCUGAAGAAGGUAUUGGAAGAGGUAAAGAGUCAUAUACAAACAUAUAGGAAGUAUUGGGCAUCAUUGGGUUGUACGAUUAUGGUUGAUGGGUGGAGUGAUGGGAGAGGCAUGACUUUGAUUAAUUUUUUGGUAUAUUGUCCAAAGGGAACUGUAUUUUUAAGAUCGGUGAAUGCAUCAGAGAUAGUUGAGUCUGCUGAAAGCAUGUAUGCAUUGUUUAAGGAAGUGGUUGAGGAGGUGGGUGUGAAUAAUGUUGUGCAAAUUAUCACUGAUAAUGUUGAAAGUUAUGCGAUUGCUGGAAAUAUGCUUUGUGAAACAUAUCCUUCUAUAUUUUGGAGUCCAUGUGCUGCUCGUUGCAUUGAUUUGAUUCUAUUCAAGAUAGGAGAAAUUGAAGAAGUUAAGAAAGUAAUCAGAACGGCAAGGGAAAUCACAAAGUUUAUUUAUAACCAUGCGACUGUUUUGAAUAUGAUGCGUAAAUUUACAAAUGGAAAGGAAUUGGUUUGGCCAUCAAGCACCCGGUCUGCUACCAAUUUCUUGACAUUGCAAAGCAUGGUUGCCCAAAAAGAUGGAUUGAGAGCUAUGGUCACUUCGAAAGAUUGGUUAGACAGUGCAUAUGCAAAGAAGAGCAAUGGUACAUUGGUGGUUGAUAUUUUAUUGGAUUCACACUUUUGGACGUCAUGCACUCAAGUGAUUCGAUAUACUGAGCCUCUAUUGCGAGUUCUAAGGAUGGUAGACAGUGAGCAAAGACCUGCUAUGGGAUACAUAUAUGAGGCUAUGUUACGUGUGAAAGAUGCCAUUCGUAUUGCAUUUAAGAGCAAAAAGUCAGACUACAUGCCUAUUUGGGAUAUAGUUGAUUCACAGUGGGAUAGGCAACUUCAACGACCUCUUCAUGCAGCAGGAUAUGUUCUUAACCCUGCGUGCUUCUUUAGCCCAGGUUUCUCAGAUGACCACCCAGGGGUCACUACAGGGAUAUUAGACUGCAUUGAGAGGCUAGUAUCAGGGCAACGCAAUCAUGACAAGGUUAUUAAGGAGCUCAAUGUUUAUAAAUCGUCUGGAGGUGACUUUGGAAGGAGCAUGGCAAUUCGAGCGAGGAAUACCAUGCUUCCUUCUGAUUGGUGGUCUACAUUUGGAGGGCAAUGCCCCAACUUAAAGCGUUUGGCAAUGCGUGUACUUAGCCAGACUUGCAGUGCAUCUGGUUAUGAGUGCGAUUGGUCUGUUUUCGUGCGUAUGCACACGACUAAAAGUAAUAGGUUGGAGCAUAAAAGACUCACUGACUUAGUUUUUGUGCACUACAACCUACGUUUGAGGCAACGGGAGAAUGCAAAGAUGAAGCUUAUUGAUCCUAUUGCAUUGGAGAAUAUUGACACUUCGGAAGAAUGGGUUGUGGAAUUUGAGCCAUCGAUGCUCGAGGGGGAUGAUGACAUGGACUGGAUGACCUUGGAUAGACCAAUAGUUGGGGAAGACAUCCCUUUGGAGCUUAUGAGCAUGGAAGUUGGUGAUGGCAAUACACAAGUAGAGCAACUUGGUGAAGAAGAAGAUGGCACUGACAUACAAUAGUGGCAAUUCAGGUGAGCGAUAUUAUGGCUAUAAUGGUAAGCCUCCAUAGGAUUAAGCCCAGCUGAGGGAGGGGGCAAUUGUGCUACUACGCAUCAGAGCUUCUAAUGAAUCUGGUAUAACCGAGCAAAGGCCAAAUAAAUUUACGACAAGAGCGCCCAUAUUGCAUGCCAUGCCCUGUGCUACAAAGUAAAACACAGCUGGUGGACUGACUCUGAUGCCUGUUUACAUAACAUAAAUUGGGGAUCAUCAUGCCACGCCUGAUCAGAUAACCUAUACAGUGUACCUUGUCAAGAAUG